ACGGGCGAGGAGCUUGCAGCGUGGCUUUCGGCGCUGCACCCGGCUAUGGCAGCUGCUGUGCUUUCCGCGGGCGAGGCGACCUGGAAGACCCUGUCUGCAGAGGAGCUGGAGAAGCAGUACUCCCCCAGCAGGUGGGUCAUCCGGAUGAAAGCAGAGGAUGUUGUCAACACCUUCGUGGAGACAGGAAUCCAGGCCACCAGGAAAGCCCGGGCCACCAGGAGAAAUCAGCUGGAUGUCCCCUAUGGUGAUGGCGAGGGGGAGAAAAUGGACAUCUACUUUCCUGAUAAGGAUUCCAAGGCUUUUCCCCUCUUCCUGUUCUUUCAUGGAGGAUACUGGCAGAACGGAAGUAAGGAUGUCUCGGCCUUCAUGGUGAACCCGCUGACAGCCCAGGGCGUGGUCGUGGCUGUAGUGGCUUACGACAUUGCACCCAAAGGCACACUGGACCGGAUGGUGGACCAGGUGACCCGCAGCGUUGUGUUUCUGCAGAGGCGAUAUCCGAGCAAUGAGGGAAUCUACGUCUGUGGACACUCUGCAGGAGCUCACCUGGCCGCCAUGGUGCUCCUUGACAGUUGGACGAAGCAUGGUGUCAUGGCCAACCUCCAAGGCUUUCUCCUGGUGAGCGGGAUCUAUGACCUGGAGCCCAUCAUAGCUACCUCCCAGAAUGCCCCUCUGCACAUGACCCUGGAAGAUGCUCAGAGAAACAGCCCACGGCGGCGCUUGGAGGUGGCUCCGGUGAGGCCUGUGGGUCCAACCUGUCCUGUGCUGGUGGUUGUGGGUCAGCACGAGUCCCCAGAAUUCCACCGACAGUCCAGGGAGUUCUAUGAGACGCUGUGCCGAGUGGGGUGUGAGGCCUCUUUCCAACAGCUGUGUGGUGUGGAUCACUUUGACAUCAUAGAGAACCUGACCCGGGAGGAUGAUGAACUUACCCAGAUCAUUUUGAAAACAGUCUUCCCAACGCUCUGAGGACACCUGGUCUCCAGCCUGUGUUUACCUCAGAAAACCUCGAGAAAAGAUCUGACUGCCACCUAACACCCUGCUGUGAAUACACCUCUGCUUCGUUCUCCCCCACCCGGAUGGAGCUCCAGGGAAGGCCCACAGAUUGGCACUGGGACAUACACACAGCCACCACCUGGCCAAGUCUGCCCCGCUGCCGCUGACAGGGCGUGACAGUUGCUUCUGGCUUGCUGGCUAUGCAUUUGCAGUAUCAGUGUGAACUGGCUGGGGCUGGGGCUGUCACUCAGCCCCUAUCUCCCACUACAAAAGAGGGCGGGGUCUGGAGAAGGAAUGAAGAGAGACCAACCAACCACUGGGUCCCGCAGCUCAAUGGUAGAAUGCUUGACCAGCAUGCAUAGGAUCCCGGGUUCAAUCCCUGGCAUUAACAAGGAAAAAAUAAAGGAGACAGAGAGAUAAAGAGUCAUACCCAGAGUGGUCGUGUUCACCUGAAUCCCAACACGGAGGCAGGAGGAUUGCACAUGAGUUCAAGAUCAGCCUGGGCUACUAGCGAGACCCUGUCUCAGAAGGAAAAAAGGGCUGCUGAGGUGGUCCAGCAGGUGAGAGUGUUGGCACCACACUGACAGCCUGUGUUUGGCCCUGGGGACCCAUACGGAAGGAAACAGCACCUCCAGGUUAUCCUUUGACUGUCAUAUAUGUGUGUACCUCAGCAUACACACCUACACAUACAUAAAGAUGACGGUAAUAAGAAGCCCAUGCUUGUGCCUGCUGUACAGACGAACACAAGGACUUAGACCUGCAGCAAUCCCAGAGAGGCCAUCUGCACGAAGACCCGUGUGUGACAGGCUCUGCCAGACCUGACUCCUGCCGCCCACCCCAGAGCCACUGGAACUUCUGAUGUGGGCGUUUCUGUUUCGUUUUCAAAGCUUCCCCCAAACCGAGCAUGGUGGGGCAUACCAGGAGCUGUAGAGGCAAGAGGGCCUUUGGACUCACAUCUAAGUUAGACUCUGGUUCUCUCUGUAUAGUUAGUUCACUUUUACGUUGCGGAGAUAAACACCACGACCAAAAGCAACUCGUGAAGGGUUUAUUUCCCCUUACACUUUACAGUGCCUAGGAAUGACACUGUCCACCGUGCUCUGGACCCAAAUUAGCAUUUAAGACAGAAUCCCGCAGACGUGGCAACAGGGUGCUCUGAUGGAGGCAGUUCCUCCACUGAGUUUCCCUACCCAGGCGUGUGUCUAGGUUUAUGUGACGUUCACUGCCGACGCUAGCUAUGGCAUCUCAUAUCCUGACAGCUGGAAGAAACAAACCCACACUGGAGGCUCACUCAGAGUGGAGAAUCCACAUGUUCUUUUUCUCAAAAUCAUUGCCUUCUGUGAGCCA